CCUAGGAGCUUCUCACUUCGGUUUUGACCAUCAGCACAGGCUUCCAAGCGUGCUCCCGAAUGUCUACAUUCCUUGUGUAACGAUUCCAUCCUUCAAGUUAUACAUUUUAUUCAGUCCAAACGACCUUUUUUCUGUUCAGUUCUUCCACUUUAUAGUUAUUUCCCCAUAACACCAGGAACGCCUUGUCGGAGAACGUUAUCCUUAGCAUGGUGCUAAACUCGACCGUGAUAUGGUGCCGACUUCGUGACAUGGUCUCGAAACCCGUUUUCUGACUUUUCAGCUCAGACCGAACCGAUUUUCAAAGCGAAAACCUGGACGAGAAUGCAUAAUAUCUAUAGUGAAGGAUACUAUUCUUGCAGCAGAGGAGGGGAGAGCAGACCAGAAGAAAGCUCGCGCCCAGGAGAGACUUUCCAGACAGGAAAAAUUCAAGCUCGCUUAUGAGUCCCGCCAAACGGAAGAAAACCAGACAACGCACAUCGUGCGAAAUGGGAUUAACGCACGAUCGUAAAAAAAUACAAGCUUGGGGGACCUGUGGCGGGAGACUUCCUCUACUGCGAUUGGACUCCACCAUCAGCAAAUCCUUACAUGGGUCACAGCAUCAUAAGACAUGAUGACGAAAGCUCCUCUAAAGAGAGAGGUUAUGGAAGGAACUACAAAAAAUUACUGACAACAACGACUCUGGAAGAUCCGGCAACUGCGCCUCAAGUCGUCCAGACCUACGUUGCAUCGGCUCCUCGUUUUACUGUUCGUAAACAGUGUCUUAACCUCUUUUUAAUAGUGAAUUUUACACCUAUCUGUUCAGUUCUUAAAGAUGAACAAGAUUAGGAACUUUUCCAGGACAUAGUGGCCCGUUCAGGGCGGAAAACUUCGGUUUUUCUUUAGUGAUGAGUGAUGUGAGUGAGUGAUUGCGUAAUCCUAAAUUGCCAACUCUCACCACCCACUCGUCACUUUCUUUCGCUCGCGCAUGCGCAUUUAAGCUUAACUUCGGCAACAAUGCUAAGACAAUAAUCAGAUCUGAGAUUCAGCGAUAUGACUUUGAACUCUUCUCGGCGCAUGCACGAAAAACCACGACAGACACUUAUCAGAUCACUCGAUUUAUAGCGAAGGAAGCACCUGAUACUACGCGCUUACGUUUCAUUGACAGUGACAGUGACCCAUACCACUAUCACCACAGCAUCUACGCGCUGCAUUGCGCCGCGCCGAGUAUCACACCGCCGCGCCGCCACCGCGCGCCGCGCGCCGUUUUUAAAUCAAGCACGCUGCGAACACAGCUGCACCAACACGCGUUUCGGACCAUUCCAUUCUCACCCACACAAUUAGCAUGAGGAAGUGCAUAUAUCACGACAAAUAAUAUCACUGUCGAAUUUGUAGGUGCCUUUCACAUGCCAUAACAGAUUGCAGCUCAAAAGGUUGCAACGUUAGGAAACAUCAGCUCUUGGCAAUAAUGGACACCAACCCGACUAAACCCACAGGAUCUUCAAUUUCAGCCGAUCCUCCACCAUCUCAAGACCCUCAUAACAACGAAGAAAUAGGAACAAUAGAUCCGAACAGAAACAACUCAAAUGGAAACUCUGUAACUCAAAAGGAGAUAAUUGAAAUUGAAAUCCAAACACCAGGCACGGGAGAAACAUCAACACAGAAUGAACAACAACACCAAAAACAGGACCCGGUUCAAGAAAUCAGGAAGGAAAUCAUCGCAUUAGCACUUGAGAUGGCCAAAAUCUCGGACAAGUCAAAAAAUCCGCUACUCAAGGAAGAAGAGAAACAAGAACUACUCUACUAUGUCAAGCAAAUGGAGGAAAAGAAAGAAGCCCUCACCAAAAAACUACCCGAAUAUGACCCAAUAGCAGCUGGUAAAUUUAGAACAUCAACUCCAACACCAGCUGAAGAAAUGGUAAUCGACAUAGGAACCCCCACACGUAAAAGGACUUUAUCGAUUCUGAAAAAGUCAUUCAGCGACACGGAUCUAAGUUCUUACCCCAAAAGCCAAAAACCAAAAACAACCGAAAAUCAACAGAAGAAAAUUGAAAGCUUCUUUACACCCUCAACGCAAGGAAGUAAAACCAAUACACCAAACGACACAGAGGAUGAAGACGACACAGGGCAUAGAGCUAAAACCAAAAACAGAGGCAGAGGCAGAGGAAACACUCACAAUCAGGCAGGACGAGGAAACCCUAAAUCCAGGACACCUACACCGAUUAAGAAACCUUCAAUCCCAAAAAAGGAACAAAACAACCAAACAUCCAUUUCCAACUCAACUACCACAAAACCGCAGGAACAAAACGAAGAAAAGAACAAAUCAAUAGACCCAUCAACACUAUUCACUCCUUUGAAAACAGGACCAACUAACAAGGAAACGGAAAAUAGUCAGACCAAACCCAGCAAGGAUACCGAAGAUAAACUUGAAAAAACUUGGGAAAAGUAUAUUAAGCAACACCCAACACCGGACGCAACAGCUCUUAGACGUCACUUUCAAAAAAUAUAUUCAUUUUUUGAAGAACUUUUCACAAAGCAACACCCUCAAACCACGAAAAUCGAAGAUAAACCAUUAAAUCAGAUCAACAAAGACAUUCAAGAACUCAAAAAACAUCACAGCGAGUCCCAAAAGAAACAGCAGGAAACAAUGAAUGAACUAAAAGAAAUAAAGAAAAUGUUAGAAAAGAGCAACCAGACUUUUCAACAAUCCAUCAAACAGAUAGAUAAAUCAGUACAGCAAAAUGUAAAGCACAAAGAAUACCCCGCUCUACAAUCAUACGCAGAUAGACUCAAGAAAAACCUUCAGUGCAACCAAAUCGCAAACAAAAACGACAAUAUUUUUGAUUUCAAUGUCAACUUGAAAGGAGUAAAAAUAGAAAAAGAGAAAGAAGAGAGCACCAUAAAUUAUAUUAUGGAAAAGUCGAAGAUUUUCAGAAAUAACUCGAACAUAGAUUUGAUCAGGCUUAUAAACGGAGGAACAACAAUAAAGAUACGUGGAACCUCAACAGAAAAAGAAAAUCUGAAACAAAAUCUCCAAAAAAUCAUAAAUGAAGUAACCCAAGAAGAAGUUGACAUAACAUCAAGAAAAUCAUCCGAAGUCAUGAAAAUUACAGCUAUAAACGCAAGUUUCUCAGACGAGCAGAUACAUGGUAUGAUAGAGGAAAAUCUGAACGUCCCUCAAUAUAACAGAAACUACAUAAGAGAAAAUGUCAAGAUAUUUAGAAGGAUCACAUCAAGGUUUGAUAGCACCAAGAUGACAGUCUUCAUGAGAGUCACUUCUCCUCUGCUAGAAUCAAUAAAUAGUAAAAAAGAAUUUCUACCAUCGCCAAAUCAUUUUAGAAGAGUUACUAUUACACCAAUCAUUUAUGUUUCAAAUUGUACUAAAUGUUUUGGUUUUCAUGCAUCAGCUAAGUGCGAAGAAAUGAAUCUUUGUAAAAACUGUGGAUCAUCUGAACACAAAAUCUCGGAAUGUAAAGCAACCAAAAACUGUAUAAACUGCAAAAGAGCAAAUAGAGGGAAAGGUACUCUCAACCAUCUACCGACCGAUAAAGAAUGCCCACAGCUUCAACGAGAAUUGGAAAGACAGACAGAAAGAUGCUACAGAGAGGCGAACCCAAGUAUAAUUGAAGAACUCAAGUCACAAAAUAACAACGCAUUAUUGACACAAAUCAAUAAUCUACAACAUGGAUAACAAAGACAGAGAGAAAAUAAAUGAACACAUAGAUAAUCUUUUUGGGAACGCCUUCUCUAGAGUCGAAAAAG